AUCCUAAACUGAGGGAUAUGAGAAAAAAGGACCGCGUUUGUGUGAAUGAGUCCCUGCCCUGUACUGAGAGUAGCCCACCUGAAGACCUGUCAGAAAGCCAGCUUGAGAAUACUCAGCUGGAAGAAAGAAUGACACAGGACUCUUCGUCUGCAUUUGUAACUCCAAGCCCAUCUCCCGAAGGAGUGUCCCCACCGCUGUCAUUAGCUUUAUCAUUUUUGUCGUCGUCAUCAUCAAGUCACAGUUUAUUGAAGAAGGGAUAUAAGCGGCGUGGAAGCAUCACCAAUUGCACUGACAAUGAAGACAGCAAUAGGGGUUAUGAGAGGCCAGGAAAGGAAGUAGACGAACACAGCGGCAUUUUUAGCUCAUCGACCAGACCUAUUGCGGUUGUUGGGGGACAGUUCAUCACACUGUCGAAUGAGCACAGCAGGUCAGGUUUCUCAGAUGUGCCGCAUGACCUUUAUACCCUGGUUCAGGCUGGCACUGUUUUGCCUGGAUCCAGACCGGAGGCCUACAGAAUAAUCCAAAGAAUGGAGUGCAACGGUAAGCUCAACCGAGAAGGACUUAACCUGAAAUCCCUCACGCCUGAUACCUUUAACGUCCACAGUAAAUGUUUCUGUGCGGGAGACACUCACAACCACAGCUGCGCUUACAACAUCGAAAGCUUUGGCAGCAAGAGCAACAGCUGCAGCCCUUCCACAUCCAGUCAUGAGAUGGACAGGUGUGAGAAGCCAGUCGUCGACACAAGCGGCCAGUUUGUCGAGCUGUCAGCAGGCAGGUUCAGCCACUGCCACUCUUCAUUGUUAUCUUCACCGUUAUCAUCGUCAUCUUUAUCACCGCCAGUGUCUUCGUCAUCUUAUGAUACAAAGCCGAAGAUCAUUUCAGACUUAGCAGUUGAUAAUUCAGAUACAAGACCUGCUGAGGGCUUGAUUUUCGGACAUAAGCGUAUAAAGUUGGAGCCUCAGGAUGUUCCGAGCAGUGUGAGCGGGAGAGUAAUGUGGACCGGGUUAACAAUCCCUGAAUUCACACGUAAAAUAGAAGUAAUCACGAAGACGGAAUGUGAUCAGUCAGCAUAUGACUCCCCUUCUUACUCUCCGGCAUUGUCGCAUCAUUCAGAUGAGAAAGAUCAGUGUGAACCCGUUGAUUUGUCGUUGGUCAAGCGAGCUGACAGACGAGAGACUCGAGCAGAUACCCAUCAUGGACUAGACUUGAGGAUAACAAAGCGUGAACCUGAAGAGCAUCCGGCAGGAACUACAGAAUCUGUGAAUAAGAUUGGCUCGGCGGCCCUCCUGUCUUUGCGUCGGAUCAAGGAAGCUUCCGAGCAGUUCAAGUGCCUGAACAGUAACACCAAUGCUGGGGCAGUGGACCCCACCUCCAAGCUGAUGAGAUACCCAGUGUCCAGAGUGCACCAAAAAGUGGAGGACAUGUAUGAUGAUGUAGACAAUCAGAAGGCUCGCCGGGUGCACAGCUGUGAUUUUGAAGGCUGCAACAAGGUGUAUACGAAAAGCUCACACCUCAAAGCACACAGGAGAACUCACACAGGAGAAAAGCCUUAUAUAUGUACAUGGGAAGGAUGCACUUGGAGGUUUGCUCGCUCUGACGAACUAACCCGCCACUACCGCAAACACACGGGGGACAAGCCUUUCAAAUGUCAAGUGUGUGAUCGAGCCUUCUCUAGGUCAGACCAUCUUUCGCUCCACAUGAAGCGACAUUGA